CUUUUUCUAACUUCUCUUUCCUUUUCGACCUCUCUCUCUCUCUCUGUCGAUCCAUAUUUCCAUUUUCAGUUUCCCAGUAGGGUUUUAUCACUCCACCAUUAAAUCCCAGUUUCAUUUCCCCCCAAAACUGUCCUCUUCAAAAAGUUAAAACCCUAGAGCGGUCAUUUUUUCCUUUCUCUCUAGGGUUUUAUCACAAUUGAAUUCAAUCCGGUUCCUUGCUCAUCAUACCGUUGCAAGUUUGUCAAAUUCGGAGAUCGGACAGAAAAUUGCAUCUGUUGUAAGUGUUCGUAAUUCACUGGCAAUUUAUAUACAGUAGCUCGUUGUUUGGGCGUAUGUAUAGCGAUACAUCGACAGUCGUUGUUUUCCCUGCUUCGCUGUUAUUUCAGCUGGAUUUCUAGGGUUUUUUUUUUUCUUUUCUUUUCUGGGAGACGGCUUCUUUUUAGUUUUUAUGGUUCCCUGAAUUUUUGCUGGUGGUGGUGGAUUUUGUGAGUUGAGAAUUUCUAGGGUUUCGGGGUCUUAAGAACGCUAAAUGAUUCUGGAAUCUGAACAUGAACGAUGGAGGUGAAGCGGAGGCCAAGAGUGACGUACCGAGUACUUCAGUUAUUCGAUAUGGUCCCGGUGAUUUUGGCCGAGCUAUAUCAAGAAUUGCAGUGGCUCAGGUAUGCGAAAGCAUUGGAUUUGGGGGAUUCAAUGAGUCUGCUCUAGAUUCGCUUGCUGAUGUUGCGAUUAGGUACAUCUGUGACCUGGGUAAAACCUCAAAAUUUUAUGCCAAUUUAGCUGGUAGAACAGAGUGCAAUGUGUUUGAUGUUGUUCAAGGAUUGGAAGACAUUGGGAUGUCGCAAGGGUUUUCGGGUGCUUCACAGAUUCAUACUGAUUGUGUAGUGAGUUCAGGUGCUAUAAAAGAGAUUAAAGAGUAUGUAGAGAUGGCUGAGGAGAUACCUUUUGCUCAACCAGUCCCGCGGUUUCCUGUGAUUAGAGAACGGAAAAUGAUACCUAGUUUUGUGCAAAUGGGUGAGACUCCAAGUUUGAAGCACGUACCAGCAUGGUUGCCUGCAUUCCCUGAUCCUCACACGUAUGUAAGGACACCUGUUUGGAAUGAGCGGGUUUCUGAUCCUCGGGCAGAUAAGAUUGAGCUAGCAAGGCAGCAUAGAAAGGCCGAAAGAUCUUUGUUAAGCUUGCAGCAGCGUCUGAUGUCUAAUGGGUCAUCAGUGGCUGGGGGAAAUGGAUUGGGAGUUAAAAUGGAGAACCCAUUUUUAGCUAACCCUUUACAGGCUGGAGAGAGAGACGUGUCACCUGUUAAUCUGCCAGCAAAGCUUUCUGUUGAGAAGCACACAGAAAAGCAUGUCUCUUUGCUGGAGACAUUUGCUCCCGCAAUUGAGGCAAUGAGAGAUGGGCUUGAAUCUGGAAGUGAUGGGGAGAAAAUUCUUCCGAAAAAGAGGACUUCUGUUUAUUUGGAGUUCAAGAGUGGCAAAAAAGUGUUUGGUGAACCAUUGGAUUUGAGGAUUAGGAACAAGGCUGGUGGGAGAACGGCCUCUUGGUUCGGACGCGAGGAUGAAAAAGAUGACAAGAAGAGGAGGGUGGAAUUUAUACUACGGCAGUCCAUGGAAAACCAGCAGGAGCUUCCUCAGUUGUAAAUUUGUAGUUCCUUGAAUGACAUUGAAUGACUAAUGUUCAGGAAAAUAGCAGUUAAUUAGGUUAGUCAAAUUCAAAACAUACUGUAGUUGUGCUUGUGAAUGUGGUGCUAAUCCAUUUAGGAUCGGAACAGCUUAAGGCAUUUUUCGAGAUAUGUCAGCUCUAUUGUGCCAUUGAUUAUUCACAUUCCUUGCAAUUCUAUGAGAGUUUUCCAUGGAAGUGCUGCUUUAUUUUGGAUGCUCUAGCAAACAUCCCACCAACACACAAACUCAUCUGCUUCCUUAUGGCUAACACGCCUUGUUGCUGAAAUCCAAAUUCUCUCUACGCUGCUUCCAGUAACCUGACAAUAGGAGGAUGUCAAACCAAUGCUAGAAGGAUCUUCUUUGGCUCACCAUUCUCAGUGGUAAGGACUAAGAAACUGCUUGCUCUGGAUGGCAUAAGUAGUCAUCAAGCAUUUUGUUCCCAAUUAAUGAGGUAACUGAAAUUCUUUUACCCUUUAUUGUACAUUUUACUCUCAGAAAGAAGCUGCUCAAUCUGCAUUUUGGUGCAGACUGCACUCUUCUGUUCCUUUUCCACAUUCUUGCUCCUCAACAACCUAAAGUUUGUUGGUUUUGCCUCUUUUCUUUAUUAAUCAUCAAGCAAACUGUUAUUAGUAUGUGCAGACAAUAGAGACUUCUAUAGUUUUUCAUUCUUUGCAGAACCACAAACAAAGAGAGUAUUUGCAAGGACUAGUUCAUGCUCUAGUGUUUGAAUGUCAUAUUUAUUUCACCAGUUGUUUGACCUUUUUUUGCUGUUUGCUAGUAAUCAAUACAGGGAUGUUGCACAAUAUCACUUGAGCUUCACAUACAUGUCCAAAGGAAAAGAUGUCGCUAUCAUGAAAUCCAAACUGGCAGAUAAGGUCACCACCCUGCUUUUCACGAACCAUUAGGAUCCUGAAGCACAUUCUAUUAUUAAAGAAAACUACUAAAAUCGGAGAAUGAGGUGGAGGUUUUGCUUCAUGAAGUCAAGUUUCAUUUUCACUCACAAUGUACAUGAUACAAGUCCCAAUCCUGGCUGUCCUCUAAGUAUGCACAAGCGGCAAUUCUGCAGCACCCUGAGGGUCUGUUUACAUUUUGGUACACGGGUGGAUUGGGCUAGAAAUCCACGCUUAUACCUCAUUUUCAUUUCUUGAUUUCGGCCCAGCCUAUAUCCAAGAAGCUCGGGAUCACCUCAACUAGGCUGGAUUUUAAAUCAGACCAGCAGGGGGUGAGAUUCACAAAUCCAGCCCAUGUGGCUGGAAAGCUGGGUUAAAAGUCCAUAAUAACCCUGUGUUUGCCAGAUAGAAUUUCUUGCAAUAGUAUGGAACCAAAUUUUUCUUCA